UAUUUAUUCGUUUCUAUGGCAACUCAACAUGGCGGACAAGAGCUCCCUCUCGUUAGAUCACAUAAAUCCUCUUCUUCCUCGUCUUCAGGGAGCACCAGGGAAAGGAGAGUCGUCCUACGUAGCAAGAAAAAGUCAACCAGCCAAGAAUCAUUCUCCUCACACCGCUCAAUAGAGCACAGAGGCCACAUGGUCACAUCUACUCCUCUACAACCAAUCAGGAAACACCAAGAGAGGGGGAGAGAGGUAGUUAUUAAUACUAGAAACGACACCAGUAGCUGUAGCAGUGACGAUAACAUGUAUUCUCCCAAUACAACACAUUUCCUGCCUCCAAUAUCAAUGCUAACUCAGUCAAUUUCUCAUCAACCCUCUCGCCAUUCCUUCCUUAAUACUUCCCCCCACUAUCCACUUUUAACCGUACCCAUACAAGUCUCCGCCUCUCCGACCACACCUACUAUAUCUCCACUACCUCAGUUACUGACACACACGGUCCGGAGUCAGUUUUCUCCUGAUAGUGCUGAUCAGGUCGGAGGAGGGGGCGGAGUCAUACAGAGCCUCCUUCCUGACUGUAAUUUGAAGAUAUUCGUGGGAACAUGGAACAUGCAUGAAGAAAAGUCUUUGCCAGUAUCAAUUGAUGAUUUUAUAUUACCGCUGAGUCAGCAAACGUUAGCUGACCUUUAUGCAAUAGGAACACAGGAAUCAACACCACUGAAAAAUGAUUGGGAGGUAUUGCUUCAGCAGACUCUUGGUCCGUCUCAUGUCUUAAUCCACAGCUCCUCUCUCGGCUGCAUUUAUUUGUGUCUCUUCUUAAGGAGAGACCUCAUCUGGUUUUGUUCAAGUGUUUUAUCAAGCAGUGUUGCAACUAGACCAGUAACUGCCAUUAAGACAAAAGGAGCAGUUGCAGUUAGACUGAGCCUCUUUGGAUCAUCCUUUCUAUUCAUCACAUCUCAUUUUAGUGCUGGUUUUAGUAAUGUCAUGGAUAGAAAUGCAGAUAUGCACAAGAUUGCUAGCAAUCUGUCAUUCCCUGGAAUAAAGACAAACAGAUUGUUAGAAUCUCAUAAUUACGUGUUUUGGUUUGGAGAUUUCAAUUAUAGAGUUGAGCUUGAGAGAGAGACAGUUGAUGAUGCCAUACAGAACAGUGAACUUAUGUCUUUAUUACUGAAUGAUCAGCUAACAAGGGAAAUACUAGCAGGGAAUGUUUUUAAUGGAUUCUCUGAGCAGCCAAUCUCAUUCCCUCCCUCAUAUAAAUUUGAUAUCAACAGCUAUUGCUAUGAUACAUCUGAUCUAGUUAGGAUACCAUCUUGGACUGACCGUGUACUCUUUCUUGCUAAUGAUGGAAGGAUUAUUAGUGGGUCUGGAUAUGAUUUAUGUCCAUCUAUAUUAAUAUCUGACCACAGGCCAGUCUAUGCGAUAUUUAAUGCUGUUAUGGAAUCUAAAAGUGACAUAUCUACAGAAUUACCAACUAGUUACAACAGGGAGCUAUAUAUAAGAGCUUUGCAAAGAAGGAAGCAGCUCUUUUCAACUAAGCCACUUCAUCCAGUGACCAGUAAUGUCAGUUCAUCAAGUAAAAAUAAACCUUUCCCUUCAACCACUGCUUCUGCUCCUCCUCCUACUGUCAGUAGAAAUAGUGCCAAAUCAAGUUCUGUAUGUCAUAUACUUUAAAUAAAUAUCAUUAUUAUUAUUAUUGUUGUUGUUGUUAUUAUUAUUAUUGUUAUUAUUAUUUUUUUAUGUAAAUAACUUAAUCGGUGACAUA